ACAGGCAUAAGCUGAGAACAUGGUGCGAAAGAAUCAGGACGAGAAGAAACUAAAACUUAACCAACCGAUUUUGUCAGUAAGACGAUCGGGGAAAGAUGACAAACGAAAGAUUGAUGAUUCUUCUUCCCUUCAUAGUGUUCCUCAGGCUGCUCUUUACAGAUCAGAAUCGAAGCUGGAUCCCGUGAGGAGUCCGGGAGUUGUGCCGUUUGUCUGGGAAGAGAGCCCGGGAAAGCCAAAGGAUGGAGCGAAACUGCAAAAUGAUACCACAGGGAGGCCUCGUGUUGUUCCAAGGCUUCCCCAUGGGAGAAUAAUGGCUAAAACUAACCAGCAAUGCUUUGAUAGUGAGAUAUCUGAGGAUGAAGCAUAUGCAGAGAGUUCCAAAUCUAAGGUGUUCUUUGUAGAUUGUAAAUCAGGGAGUUUUAAGGGCUCAGAUGAACCGGAUAGAACAAGUUCAGAAACUCGGGAUUUCAUGAUUGGUCUGUUUCUGCCAGGGGCUAAGACGAUGGCUUCAGAAACGCCUAUAUAUGUUCCCGGGAAGCAAUCAGUGGUUCACGAGCUGCCAAGACCGAGAAAGAAUGUGGCCAAGGCUGAUAGGCCUCCUCGGUUGCAGCUAGAGCCGAGUGGUGGAUGGCAUUGUUACCAAUCCCAUGAUUGUGAAGACGACGAGCACAAACAUGAAACAUUAUUCCCUGCUAAAGCCUGUGGAGUAGUCCCGAGAUUAUGUGUGAGAAGCUCGAUCUUCAUCCUGAAUCCUGUGCCUGCAAUGAGUGUAAAAACUCGGGUGCACACCUCUCCCGGGAGCAGAAUGCAGAGAUACUCGUUUGCUCGUUCGUGCACCGGACUAAACGAUGAGAUUAUCUUUUCACAGCGCCCAAUGUCUGGUUUAACGAAGCAGAAAUCAGUGGCUAAUGCCCAUAGCGAACUGCCUCAAACACACGAAAUGAAAGCUGUCCUUCCCACACAAGGAUUGAGGGCUAAUCCCAGGCUUGAUUCACUGAGGUCAUGCAAAAAAUUCAGCAGAAAACUUCAGGAGUUACUGGCGGAUCACAGUGGCUCAAUGCGAGAAGAUUCAUGCUGUCGUGUAGAAUCUCCAGUUCGGGGAUCUGAUUCUCCUGUGACAAAGAUGAAACCACAACAUAAACCCAUCCUAGAUUUUUCUUUCAGAGACAAAACAAAGCCUUUUGUUCAAGAAACUGUGGAGUUUGAUCUGUUAACUUCUGACUAUGAAUUCAGUGCUAAAUCAGGAAGGAAAGCUGAUAAGCGUUACGAGCUCACAAUCACCGCUCUUGAUUCUGAUAGCGAAGAAGAAGAUGAAAGGUCCAUAAAGCAGGAAGCUUUAACUAGAAAGUUAAAACAAUCACAGGAAAUGAUGCAUUUGGAGGUUCCAGAAUCUCCACCUUUGCCCAAUACUCCAUCAGAUUCAUGGCUUUUCAGGACCUUGCCUUCAUUGUCCAUUAAAACUUCACCUUUAAGGCCAUGCCUGUCAGAAAAUCCAAGGGACCCAAGUUCUGAGGUGCAAUCUGGUGAUCCCCAUUGUUAAACAUUUAGUCAUUUACUAUGUUGUUGGAACAAACAAUACAUGCAUUUCUCUUAC